ACAGUUAAUUACAGGAUUUUUAACUCUUCUGCCACAUUGAAACACAGUUAAACAAUGAGACUCGACACAAGUGCAGAGUUCUUAGCUCCCAAGGUUGCCUUUUUCACCAACAAAAGGCCAUGGCAGCUGAACCCAGUCCUCCAACUCCCAGAAUCUUAAACCAUUAAUUUGAGAAGUUUCAAAGUUUGACAUGGAAAAGACAAGGACAGAUACUUUGUAUCAGAUACCAAGAAUUUUAGCAAAGCAUCUGAUACCAAGACUUGCUAUAAAAGUUCUGUCAAGGUAGGACGUAGGAGACAGUUACAGCAUCUCUUGGUUCUGCAUAAGUUUGGUGAUCUGGAAGAAGGUGAAAGAGAGAGAAUUACCACAGCCUUCUAAUCCAUACUGCUGUCUUUGCUAAAUAUACUACCAUGGAAAUAUCAGACACCACUACAGAAUCUGACCCUCCAAAGUCUGCUCUUCCAGUAAACUCAGAACACAAGGCAAUGGAGUUUCAAUUAUUCUCUGUGGCUGCACCCCAUAUGCAGGCUUUUCACCUCUCUUGGAUCUCUUUCUUUUCUUGCUUUGUUUCCAGUUUUGCUGCUGCACCCCUCCUUCCAAUAAUUCGUGACAACCUCAACCUCACAUCAACUGACAUAGGCAACGCUGGGAUUGCAUCAGUCUCAGGGGCAGUUUUUGCUCGGAUUGCCAUGGGAACUGCUUGUGACUUAUUCGGACCUCGUCUUGCCUCUGCCUCACUGAUUCUUCUAACUGCACCGGCAGUUUACUUCACUUCCAUUAUUUCAUCACCUAUCUCUUUCCUCCUUGUGCGUUUUUUCACAGGCUUCUCCCUUGCCACUUUUGUCUCGACACAAUUCUGGAUGAGCUCCAUGUUUUCUAGUGAGGUGGUUGGCACUUCUAAUGGUGUUGCUGCUGGUUGGGGCAACCUUGGAGGUGGUGCAACACAGCUUAUAAUGCCUCUUGUUUUUUCUGUAAUCCAUGAAUUUGGUGCAGCCAAAUUUACAGCUUGGCGAAUUGCAUUCUUCAUCCCUGCCCUGUUUCAAAUGUCAACAGCAUUAGCUAUUCUGAUAUUUGGCCAAGAUUUGCCUGAUGGGAACUAUCAGCAGCUGCAGAAAUCAGGAGACAAACAAAAAGAUAAAUUAUCACUUGUCUUCUAUCAUGGCAUCACAAAUUACAGAGGAUGGAUCUUGGCACUGACAUAUGGUUAUUGUUUUGGAGUGGAGCUCACAAUAGACAACAUAAUUGCUGAAUACUUCUAUGACAGAUUCAAUCUAAAUCUCCAAACUGCAGGAAUUAUAGCAGCAUCUUUUGGUUUGGCAAAUAUAGUUUCUCGACCUGCAGGAGGGAUAAUUUCUGAUGCAAUGGCAAAAAGGUAUGGAAUGAGGGGAAGGUUGUGGACAUUAUGGAUAGUACAGACCUUGGGAGGUGUACUCUGUGUAACUCUUGGGCAGGUAAAAUCUUUAGGUGCAUCCAUUGCAGUGAUGAUUAUGUUCUCAUUGUUUUGCCAAGCAGCAUGUGGUCUUACAUUUGGGGUUGUUCCUUUUGUUUCUCGGAGGUCUUUGGGUGUCAUAUCAGGGAUGACAGGAGGAGGUGGAAAUGUGGGUGCAAUUUUAACUCAACUAAUUUUCUUCAAAGGAUCCAAGUACUCCAAAGAAACAGGGAUAACUCUAAUGGGUGUGAUGAUCAUAUGUUGCACCCUACCAAUAUGUUUGAUCUACUUCCCACAAUGGGGAGGGAUGCUUUGUGGUCCAUCCUCUGGAAAGAUUGCCAAAGAAGAAGACUACUACAUGACAGAAUGGAACUCAAAAGAGAAAGAAAAGGGUCUACACCAGGCAAGCUUGAAAUUUGCUGAUAACAGCAGAAGUGAGAGAGGAAGAAGUGUGGAGGCAGCAACUAUGCCCUCAAAUGGAACUGCACCAACAAAUGUCUAACUGCUUCCCAAGUCACACCAUCUUAUUAGCAUAUAAAGGUCUAUCUUCAUCACCACAUCUUAAAAUCACUAAAUUAUGUGAAAAAAUAAGUUUCCUUUCAUAUCUUUUUGAUUUAUAAGUUUUGAGGUUUGGUACUCAAUCACUUAAUCCAUAUUCUCAUAAGCACCUUAGAAUGUCACUAGCACUUCUCUUUCCAAUAAACAACAUCUAAAGCC